AUGGUGUCCAUUUCAGUUCUCAUUGCUAAGCAUCUGUGUUUUAACCUCUGCAUACCUCUAUGGGAUACAGGAGGUGUGGGACUAAAUUCUGCUUCUGAUAUCUGCCUCUGAAGAGUCUGGGACUGAAUUUCACCCUUCCAUUUUGGCAGAUGGAGUGAUGGGAGGGAUUCCAAAUCAGCAAACAAAUCAGUAUGGAGGUGUAAUGCUAUUUAGGGAGGAAAAGUUAAGCAAGUCUACAAAGACAAUGUUGUCUGAUGAUCUUCCUGUCCAAAUCCCAGCCCUAAAGUCCAUUGGUUAUACAAAUAAGAGAUCCACUUCCAUUCUUGAAGCAGCCCCUACCAUGAGGCAGGGUACCAUAAUCUACCCAGCUAGGAGGUUUUAAACACCGUUAUUGACAGUGAGAAAGGAGACAGUUCUGGCCUGUAUAGCACUUCCUUCUGGAAACAGUUUUCUUGGGAGCUGCAAAUGAGGAUAAUAGAACUUGGAGGCUUGCAGGGGGGAAAUUAUCAUCUGCGUGCACCCUAUGGGUGGGGCCAUUUGACAGGCACCAAAACAUCUUUUGCUGGUCCUGAUUAACAUCCAUCCAGCCCGUCCACAACCCAGUUGAGCCAAAACUCUUGAUCUUUAAAACACCAGCGUUCCAUUGAAGUGAAUGGAACCACCUUGGCUUAAAAAUAUUUCAGCAGAAAUGGGUUGUGAAUGGAUCUAUCCAGGCCUGGAAAGAGCUGAGUGUUUAUGCUGAGCUCAUUGGCAUUCCUUUUGCUCGUCGAUUACCCUUCUAAUUUGUCUGCAAACAGCAGGCGAUCAAUUUUGAAAUGCCAGGAACUGUCCUGUGGGUGAAUGGUCUGAACCCAUCUGAUCUGGAUGAAAACUGAAAGGUCCUUUGGUAGGGCAUGUUAGAGGCUUGUAGGCAAGUGCUAGUCAGUCCACACUGCUGAAAACUUCCACUUCCACAUGUAUAUGUGUAUCUCGUCCAUUGCUAUUGCAUUUCUAAUUGGAAUAUUAAUCUCUCCUCACCAUGUUUGGGAAGAAGAGAGGAUGAUCAAAUGAUUUUUUAAAUUUUGGGUUUUGGUGAGGGGGGAAAUGUAUGAGGUAAUAAUUUGAGCUUCAGUGAUGUUUAGCUCCUGAACCUUUCUAGCUCAGGAACACAUGUAGAGAUAAUAUGUAGAGAGUGUGUCUAAGAAUGUACAGAGUGUCCUGUGCCGCUACUGUGCAGCCUCUAUAGAUCUUAAUUUCAGGAGUACAGCUUCUAGGUAAGCUUGAGCCUUAGCAUGCUCAUUUUAAACAGUUACUGCCUCAUUCUGUUGUGUGUGUAGAUCAGGCCUUAGGCCAGAGUCAUGCCCUACAGUUCCCAUCAACUCCUGCCAGCAUAACCAAUGAUCAAGGAUGAUGUAAGUUGUAGACCACCAACAUCUAGAGGUCUCCAAGUUGGCUAAUCCUGUUUCAGGCUGUUGGCAUUGAAGCUGUCAAGGAGCUUCUCCACCCUUUGUCUUCAGACAAAAGCCCUGUCCUCACAUUAUUCACAAGUAGAGCAUUGCCAUGUUUACCUUGGAGCUGGGCUGCAGUUUUAGUCCUGCCCCCAAUGUGCCUUCUCUCUGCAGCAGCACAUGUUGUGUGCAGUUGUUCAUGUAGGGGGGCUCCAUACAACCUGGGUUCCUCCAAAACUGGAUGUCCCCAUCAUGCAGAGCUUCUAAAUGUCAGCAGGAGAUUGUGCCCUCAGGGUUCUCUACAGACAACUGCACAUAACACACGGUUGUAGCAGGAGAAGACAUGGUGUCAGGGGUGGGUCUAAAAGUGUGGUCCUACUUCAAAGUAUGCACACUAAUCCCCACACAUGAGUAAAGUGGGAAUAGGGCUCUAGUCAGCUUCAGACCCACUUCUUUUCAAGCCAAUCACUAGCACAAGGUAUGGAGAGUUAUGUCACUGGCGAUGUCACAGGCACUGUUCAAUAGGUGCCUGUGACAUGUGUGCAAACCCCAGUAUUCAACACAGCAUCCCAUGUUGCAAUGUCCCCACUAGUUAGAGAAAUACCGGUAAUUGAAUUCUCCUCAGAACAAUAUGUUGCUUUUUGAGGGCUAAGGAAUCCUUGCAGUAUCCUUGAAGCAAAAGUAUGCGAAGAUGCAUGCAGCUCACAUCACAAAGGAUCAACAGCUACAUAUUUCUUGACCUAUACACUGAUCAUUUAGAAAGACUUCAUUGAGAAAGGCUCUAAUUCUGCAUUCAUUUUAAGGAGCUGGAGAAAACAAACUUGGUAGAACACAGGGGCUAUCCUGCAAGUGAGAAAUUGCUCUUUGCCAUCUUGCAUAUUAAAGUUACCUAUAUUCACAAGAAGGCCACUGUCCUUCCUUUCCACUUUAGGAUCUGAUCCCAUAGAUGGAGAUGUUCCUUUCAAUUGGUUUCAUGUUCACAAAAGUUUUCUAAGCUAGGUCAUUAAUUAAUUAAGGUAAGCUUUCAAAAGCCUGAGCGGCUAUGUAGCAAAUCCAAGCUCCUUGAAAUACUUUGGCUCCUCCUUUGCCAGCAACUUCAGGGCAGCUUUUCAAAACCUAAGCAAUAUUUUCCCAAGCAAGACCUUCCAGGAUGCCAACUCCUAUACCAGCAAGCUAAGCAAAAUAGAAGAUUGCUGGAUUAAGAAUUUACAAACACCCUAACAUAAGAAAGAUAUAAAUCUACAAGCAAGCACAACGCAGUAUGAUAAAGAUAUACAUCUACAAGCACAAACCUUCAAGCAUGGUAGUUAUUAUGAAGCAUUGUAAUGAGUUUGCUUUUAGCAUAUAUUGGAUGUGGAUGUGCCUGGCAUGAGUGAAGAUGUUAACAAUCUCUAUCCUGGGUUUUGUGGCUUUAGAUUUCACCCUGGAUCAAGUAGCAAGGUCAAUAGGGAGAGAGGAAGGACUUCAGGGCCAGGAGUCAGAACAAGUAAGUGCAAAUCUCCCCCUUUUUACCUUGAGAGAUGGGUGUGCCAGAGUCCGGAAGCAAUUCAGGGCAUCACUGAUGAAAAUGGUCUAGGUAGCCAUGGUGCCUUCAGGGUAAGGCUUUGAGACAGACAUCGAUGGCCGCACUCAGCAAAAUGAGCAAGUGUUGCUCCAAAUGCAGCAGGGCUGGCAGAACACAUUUUGAAUUCAGUGAUGCAAUAUAUAUUGCAUAAUAGAUCACAUCUAUACCACAUAUUGAAAGCCUGUAUUAAGCAGAGAUUGGAUGGCCAUCUGUCAUGGAUGCGUUAGUUGACAUACCUGCAUUGCAGGGGGUUGAACUAAAUGACCCUUGGGAUCCCUUCCAAAUCUACAAUUCUACGAUUCACUUCUAUACCACUUUAAUAGGCAUGGAUCCCCAUCCCCCAAGAAUCUUGGGAACUGUACUUUGUUAAGGGUGCUGAACUCACAGACCUACCAUUCCCAGCACCUUUAACAAAUAACAGUUCCCAGGAUUCUCCAUGACUGCUAAUGUGAAUAAGACUGCUUUCAACGCAUGGUGUGGAUGUGAUCUUAUUUGCAAAAAUACAUCUGGCAGCCUUUUUUUUUUUUUGGCUGAAGAUCUGAAUAAAAAAAACUUACCUCCAAAUAGAGAAACAAGCAAGCAAGCAAGCAAGCGAAGUGUAGGAAAGUAGUAGUGUCUGCAGCAGUUGGACUGACGGACACUGCCCUCCUCCUCUCCUUAGACUACCCUUCCUAUGAAUCAGUUGCUGACUACGCCCUAAGGGUGUCCCUGCUAGAGGUGCUGUUGCUGCCAUUUCCCUCCUGCUCAGUCACCUUAUGUGGUGACAUAAUUCACUGCCCUUGGUGCUAACAGGAACACGCUCCUCAAUGUAGGAUGCAGGAUGCGAGCUUCUCAUGGGAGCAGGAGAGGAAAAAUUCUGAGCACAGGGGCAAGGAAGGCACAGCUGGAAUGUAGAGGAUGAGAAGAGGGACCCCUUCCUUCGUACCAAAAGUACUCCUCUCCCACCCAUCAAAUUGAUGCUUAUCUGCCAGCCUGCCUUCUUGCCUGCCUGCCUGCCUGUCUAUCUAUCCAUGUAGAUUGAGAGCCAGAUAGGUGCUUAUUGUUUAAAAUGGCAGGGUGCCACAGUUGUGGGGGUGAGCUGGGGAAAUUGUGAUUAUGUAUGUAUAUCAUCCUUUGUCAGAAGACCUAGGGUGGAUUAUAACAUACAACACCUACGUACUCCAUAACACAAUACAUCUACAACAUGAUAAAUCAAGACAAAUAUAUAAAUACCAUUAUAGUAAGGAAUACAUAAUUUCCAAGGCUGCAACUGGAGAAAGGGAAGAAAAAAGACUCAUCUGGUCAGAGUUCAAGCUGUAUAUAGGGCUUUGGAGGUUAUGGACAGUGACUUAGAUGGAGCACUGGAGACACUUAAUAAAAUGCAGAUGAGACCCCUCACAGAGCUACAAUUCCCAGCACUCUUAACAAACUACAGUUCCCAGGAUUAUUUGGGUUGUUCAAGUGCUUUACAAGUAUGGUGUGGCUGUGAACCUUUGUGGAGUGGGGAUCCUUGUCAGGCCAUUUGAAGGAAGUGAAUACUGUACCUAACCAUCUACAGAAUGGGUUUCCCCCAUCAGUUCAGUCCAGGGUUUAAAUUUAACCCAGGCACUGUACUGCUAGGUCCGAAGCAAUUAAACAUGCACAGAAAUGCCAAGCAUCCUGACUAGUCUAGUGGAUCUGCUUGCACCCUACUUGGCACAGCAGUAGGGUGGUAGUGAACCCCUCCCUGCCCCCUAGAGAAACCUGAAUAUUAGGGAGCCAACCACCCUCACCCACAUUAUCCAUUCUGCAGAUGUUGUUGCAAUCAACAAUGUGAAGCUUGCUUGUGCUUUCCUGGUCCAUCCCGCCAACAGCCCUUUUCUUCCCUUUUUUUGCGAGAUUUCACAGCAACUUCUAAUCCUAUUUUAUCCCCAGUGAAAAAGAGGGCAAGAAAAUGA